AUGUUGUUGCAAUUGUUGAAGGAAGAAAUAUUACCAGAAAAUUCUGAUCUUCCAGAUUCAUAUUCUGAUGCUAAAAAGUUUAUUAGAGAUAUUGGCCUUUCUUAUGAAAAGAUUGAUGCAUGUAAAAAUAAUUGUAUGUUAUUUUGGAAAGACCAUAAGAACUUGGAUUUUUGUGAAGUGUGUGGAAUAUCUAGAUGGAAGGAGGAUAGGCAUAGUGGGGGAACUCAAUUCAAAGCUAAUGGAAAGAAGAUUCCAAAGAAGAUAUUACGUUAUUUCCCACUAAAACCAAGGUUGCAAAGGUUAUUUAUGUGUUCAAAAACUGCCCCUUACAUGAGAUGGCACAAUGAUGCAAGGGUUGAUGAUGAAAUUCUAAGGCAUCCAGCUGAUUCUAUGACAUGGAAAUCAUUUGAUGAAAGAUAUAAAGAUUUCUCCUCAGAGGCUCGCAAUGUGAGACUUGGUCUCGCAAGUGAUGGGUUUCAACCAUUUGCAAAUGCAAAAACAACAUAUAGCAUUUGGCCUGUGAUCCUUAUUCCUUAUAAUUUACCACCAUCAAUGUGUAUGAACUUGUCUAACUUCAUGUUAUCCAUGUUAAUUCCUGGUCCAGAGAGUAGUGGAGAUGCAAUUGAUAUCUAUUUGCAACCGUUGAUCGAUGAAUUGAUUGAGUUGUGGCACACUAGAGUAGAAACUUUUGAUACAUCAACUUCUCAAAAUUUUACUUUACGUGCUGCUUUGUUGUGGACAAUUAAUGACUUCCCGGCAUAUGCAAAUUUAUCUGGAUGGAGUACAAAAGGAAAGUUAGCAUGUCCUUGUUGUAAUAAGGAUACUUGCUCAAUGAGAUUGACAAAUGGUGGUAAAGAGUGUUAUAUGGGGCAUCGACGUUAUCUCCCAUUAAACCACAAAUGGCGCAAGGAUAAGCAUUCCUUUGAUGGUACAGUUGAAAUGAGAUUGCCGCCUAAAUCAUUUUCUGGAAAAGAUAUUUUAUGUCAAGUUCAGGAUUUGGAAGGCAUAAUCUUAGGUAAGGAUACUACUAGAAAGACAAAAAUAUCUCAUGAUAAACGGGGUGAUAAUUGGAAUAAGAAGAGUAUAUUCUUUGAGCUACCAUAUUGGGAAACAUUGUUAUUAAGGCAUAAUUUGGAUGUGAUGCAUAUUGAGAAAAAUAUAUGUAACAGUGUUCUUGGAACAAUUAUGGAUAUUAAAGGCAAGACUAAAGAUAAUCACAAAACACGUCUUGAUUUACAACUCUUGAAUAUAAGGCCUGAAUUACAUCCUGUUGCAAUAGGAGAUGAUCUUGAGUUUCCCACUGCACCUUACGCAUUGUCCUCUAGUGAGAAACAUCAGCUUUGUUUAUUUCUUAAACAAUUAAAAAUGUCUGAUGGCUUUUGUUCAAACAUUGCGGAUUGUAUAAAUGUUAGGGAGAACAAAGUUUCAGGUUUAAAGAGUCAUGAUUGUCACAUCUUACUAGAAUAUCUUAUUCCUCUUGCAACACGUGGAUUACUUUCAGAAUCAGUGUAUGAAGCUCUUGUUGAGCUAUCAAUGUUCUUUUCUAGUUUGUAUUCCAAAUCACUAAAGAUGGAAGACUUGAAACAACUUGAAAGACAAAUUCCUAUCACACUUUGUAAGUUGGAAAAGAUUUUUCCACCCUCAUUUUUUGACAUCAUGAUACAUUUGCCGAUUCAUUUAGCAAUGGAAGCUAUGCUUGGGGGACCUGUUCAAUAUCGAUGGAUGUAUCCAAUAGAACAAAAGUUGAGUACUUUCAAAUCAUAUAUUCGAAAUAAAACUCAUCCAGAGGCAUCAAUUGCUGAGGGUUAUAUAGCAAAUGAGUGUAUCAGUUUAUGCUUAAGAUAUUUCGACACAUCUGAUUUUGGAUGUAUGGAAAGUAAUGAUGGUUUAUCCAUAUUUUCAUCCAUUGAAGAGUUAUCAACAGGAAUAGCAUGCAAUUUGGAUCGUGUUGACCAAGAGCGAGCUCACAUCUACAUAUUAAAGAAUUGUGAAGAAGUUCAAUCAUUUUACAAUGACUACUUGCAAAUCCGUGCUUCUAGUCAUUUGGUUUUGUCCGAUGAGGAAUGGGAUAAACAAUUUAUUAACUGGCUCAGAGUUAGAGUCGAGAGGUUACAUAAAAAUGACAAAACCAAAAAAAUGAAAGAUCUGCUUUCUUUGGCACGUGGGCCUACACAGUAUGGGAAGUCAUUUGUAUGUUGUAAAGUAAAUGAAUAUAAAUUCCAUACUGAAGAGCACAGCAAGGGCCUAAGGACACAAAAUAGUGGUAUUCUCGUUGUUGGGAACUAUGGUGCAGAAAAUAUUGACUAUUAUGGAGUGUUAUCACAUAUUAUUGAAUUACAAUUUCUUGGUGAAAGGCGAAUUGUGGUUUUCAAGUGCAAAUGGAUCAUGGACUCUCAAAAUUCAUCUUUGGGUACUAAGAGGAAGCUAUUUAUAGCACCAGGUUCUUUAGCUCGAGGUCGUGGAAAAAACACAAGGCAUUUAGGAUUGUCUGGACAAAAUCAUGUUUCUAGAUCAAUUGAACAUGAGCCUUCUUUGGUGAACACAUAUAACAAUGAUAUGCAAUGUGUGUCUGAACAAGUUGACCAUGUGGAAGACUCUCAAGCUCAAAUGGAAUCUAGCCAAGACAAAUCAUCUACUCAACAAAAUUUGAACAAGCGAGCCUUUACAAGACAUUUGGGUAUAAUUGUAAGAGAUGGAAAUAUAUGCCCAGUUCGAGUUCUUGCGUGGAAUAAAAUUGGUGAAGAUGCUAAAAAUCACAUGUGGGCUGCUGUUACGGUUCCUAUUAUAUAG